AUGCUCUUAGGGACUCUUGACAUCAGCGAUACAAGUAUCACAGUGCUGCCAAAGGAGAUCCGGAAACUGCAGCAUUUGGAGCACCUACUCAUGACUCGUACACACGUGGGAAAGAUACCAAGGGAAAUCGGGUCACUGAAGGAGCUCAAGAGUUUGAAACUGGAUAACAGUGUCGCUGCACUACCCUUGGAAGCUUGCGCAUUGGUGAAAUUGCCCGAGUGCAUCCGCCAAGCUCUGAGGAAGAGUAAUCUGUUGUCUGGACUAGCCAGGGAGAUGCCCUCGUACAAAAAAUACGGAGGCCUAGGAGGCCUAGUCGUCGGCGCCAAACAGAUGCACAUUCCAAUGUGGAUCAGAGAGCACUUCAAUGACAUUGCCCUCCUGGAUAUCAGUAUCUGCAAACUAGAGGAGGAAGGACUCACGAUUCUGCGGGGGAUUCCGAAACUGGGGGAUCUCACAUUAAGGUUCCAUGUCGUACCAAGAGAGCCAGUAGUCAUCAGGAGUGAAGGGUUCGCAAAUCUGAUUCGACUCACUCUUGACAGCCGCGUGCCACGGGUCACCUUCCAGGAAGGAGCCAUGCCGGCGCUGCUAUGGCUUAAGUUCCUGUUCCAGUUCUACGCUGGCCCACCAAAUAUAGACCCUGUGGGUGUCAACUACCUCAGGAGGCUCAAUUAUAUCGAUUUUAUAUGUAACGAGGAUUGGUAUGUAGGAGACAGCCCAUGCAUCCGCCCAACAAUUGACAUCGUGAGUAGAGAAGCCCAGGAGCUUCCCUGUCUAGAAGACUUCAAAGUCUGUGGCCGCAAAGAAAACAUCUGCCGGUCGUCGCCUGAGAUAGAGCAGAAUAGUAGCAGUAAGACAUGUGAGAAGGAUGAGCAGGAGGAAAGUAGCAGUGGAGUGAGUGAAAUCCAGAAGAUUCAAGCUUAA